AUGCCCUUUAGAUUCCCGGUGAAGUUUGAAAUACCGAAACAUGUGUAUGUGAAUGCUCGUGUGCUCAGGGACCAAUUUAAGAGAUUGCAAUUUGCUGAACAUGAAGUUACUAGAAAUGCCUUGAGGUAUAUUGCAAGAAACGAAGAAUUGCCUUCAAGAGUUAGAGUAGAGGCACAGCUACAACUUACAAGCGUAGGAAUACGGGGUUCGGUUUCGGGGAUAGGUAUACUACCUUCAAGAACAUUACGCUUGAUUCCAGACUGGUCAAAAUUCAAAAAGAUUGAACAGCCUCCAGGAUACAUAGUUGAUACAGUGAAUGAUGCUUACAAGCCGCCUUUGCCAAACUCAUACGAAGGUGCAUACCACUGGACGUAUGAAAGAAUUAUAGCAAUAACUAUGAUCCCCUUGGUGAUGACUCCCUUUGUUGCCGGAGUAGAGUUUCCCGUUAUCGACGCAUCAUUGUCUGCGUUAUUAAUAUUUCAUUGUCAUUCUGGCUUCAAAAGUUGUAUUAUCGACUAUAUUCCAAAAAGAGUUUACGGUGUUUGGUACGAAAUCGCUUCGAAAGCGUUGACAUUUGGUACACUUGUCGCCAUGUAUGGUGUAUAUGUGAUGGAAACAACAAGUAAUGGUUUAUUUGAUAUUGUAAAAAGUAUUUGGAGUGCUUAA